CGCUCUGCGCUGCACCUGACGCUUCCUGAAGUCCGGGCUGUGUAAUGUGUGGGAUGUGCCAUGUUCAGCCUGGAGAAAUAAAUGUCUGCUGGAGCCAGGAGCCGGGGCCCCGGGGAGAAACUGCUUUGCCUUUAUUGACAUCAGACUCUAAAUGUCCCGCAGUGUGUGAGCAAUCUGUUCUGGAAUUGAAUACAACAUCAACAUGGGUCACCUGGGAUUGUCGCAGCCUGUCACCAGCUGAGGCUGAACUCACCUUGCAGCAUCCCGUGGAGGAGUAUGUAUAAGCGAAAUGGCCUCAUGGCCAAUGUGAAGGUCACCUCGGCCACUCCUGAGGGGAGUAGCAGUUCGGAUUCUCUAGAUGGGCACAGCUCCGACUAUGCCAACAAAAGCUAUGAUGCCGUGGUGUUUGAUGUUUUAAAAGUGACGCCUGAGGAGUUUGCUAGCCAGAUCACCCUGAUGGACGCACCAGUAUUUAAAGCUAUUCUGCCUGAGGAGCUUGGCAGCUGCGGAUGGAACAAAAAGGAGAAACACAGCCUUGCCCCAAACGUUGUGGCCUUCACGAGACGAUUCAACCAGGUCACUUUUUGGGUUGUGCGGGAAAUUCUAACAACACAGACUCUAAAGAUAAGAGCCGAGAUACUGAGCCAUUUCAUCAAGAUAGCCAAGAAACUUCUAGACCUGAACAACCUCCAUUCAUUGAUGGCAGUGGUGUCCGCAUUGCAGAGUGCUCCCAUUUUCCGGCUGUCCAAAACCUGGGCCCUUUUAAAUCGAAAGGACAAAACCACAUUUGAGAAGCUGGACUUCCUUCUUUCUAAAGAGGACAAUUACAAACGCACACGAGAGUACAUUCGAAAUUUAAAGAUGGUUCCAAUGAUUCCAUAUUUGGGAAUCUACCUGUUGGAUCUCAUCUACGUUGACUCUGCAUACCCUGCAUCUGGAAGCAUCAUGGAAAAUGAGCAGCGUUCCAAUCAGAUGAACAAUAUACUUAGAAUAAUUGCUGACUUGCAGGUCUCCUGUGGUUAUGACCAUCUUGUGACAUUACCCCAUGUUCAGAAGUAUCUGAAGUCCGUCCGGUACAUAGACGAGCUGCAAAAAUUUGUGGAAGAUGACAAUUACAAAUUAUCUUUGAGAAUUGAGCCAGGAAACAGCUCACCUCGUCUAGUCUCCUCAAAGGAAGAUAUUGCAGGUCCCUCCGAAAUGACAGCGACAAUGAGAUACAACAGGCGGCCAACAUGUCCAGAUGCUUCGAUGGCCACCAACAUGCCAACCCCACCGGUCUCCCGCCACAGGAAGAGCCGCAGCUUAGGAAACAACGUCAUGUGUCAGUUCAGUGUUGUCGAAAGCAAGAGUGCCACUUUUCCAUCUGAGAAACAACGCAGCCUUCUGGAUGACAGUGUCCUUGAGUCCCAGAGUCCUGUCCGGAACAGCAUACCAUUGGCAGCGUUCACCAAUGGGAUAUCGAUUGGCAGUAGUGAAAGUUCAGAAUUCAGUGAGGAUGUGUCUUCUGUUCUUGACAGGAGUCGUAUGUAUGCCACGCUGGGUCCCAACUGGAGGGUCCCAGUACGAAACUCACCCAGAAGUCGCAGCUGUGUGUACAGUUCCUCGCGUUCCGAACGAUCCAGUGCUUGGAUACAGACUGGAGUGGCUGGGGGUCGCCCUACAGGCGCAUGCAGUUGCAUUUUGGGAAGUUCAUCUGGAGUUAUCGCAAUGGAAGGACCACUUAGAAGAAAAACAUUACUCAAAGAAGGGAAGAAGCCAACACUAACCUCCUGGACACGUUACUGGGUGACCCUUACAGGGUCUACACUUCUGUAUUUCGGGGCCAAGUCUUUACGGGGAAAUGAAAGGAAAAAUUACAAGUCCACUCCCAAUAAGAAGAUGUCAAUCUUGGGCUGGAUGGUAGUAUUACCAGAUGAUCCAGAACAUCCAAAUAUUUUUCAGCUUAACAACCCGGAUAAAGGGAAUGUUUACAAGUUGCAGACGAGCUCUCGAUUCCAUGCGAUUUUGUGGCACAAACACUUGGAUGACGCGUGUAAGAGUGGAAGGCCGCCGGUGAGUGAGACGCAGCAGAUGGCACCCACUAAUCUCAUGUCUUUUGAGUGACCAUGACAGCCAUGACAGCCAGUUUCACAGCUUAAAGUGCCAAAAACCAGGGAGGACAUCAGACACUAGCGGGGGAAAAAAAAAACACUACAACGAUUCUUGUGCAUAAAACCAGAAACACUUUUCCACUGAAAGUCCCUGGAGUUCUGAGUGGCGUUUUGAAGGAAAAUGUUAUACUUCUGUGUAUGAGAACAAAAAAAUAAAAAAGUUUUGCAUUGCUGUGUUGAAUACACCAGUAGGAGACAAACACUGGUUAUCGGAAGACACAGAUGAACUUUAGAUGACGCCUUGCCGUCCUACUUUUUGCCUACUGGUUUUAUAAACAGUGAAUUUUUAAACUUGAGCUGCUUUGAGUGCCAGACAAUUCUAUAUUGACCCAUGUUGGGUUUAAACUCUUUUGGGAUUGGACAAAAAAAAAAAACAUUUACAGUGUUACUUACAAUAACAUGACAAAGACAUGGCAAACAACAGUUUUGUAACUUAAGUGCACUGAGUCACUUAGCGUUGUGGCCAUCUCCAACUUUUCUAUAUUAAAAAAAAAAAAAAAAAAAGGGAUAAAACAAGGACUUUGUAUAAAUUGUUAAUUAUUGUGUGUUUGUGGAUAUGCAUUUUGGCACAAUCUUAAUAUUUUAUGGUCUGAAAUGAGAAUUUUUCUUUUUAAAGUAAUUGUCCAGUAGCCUAAAAUGUAUUUUUUUUUUCCUUUUUUAUUUACUAUAUUAGUAUAACAUGUAGGGACAAGAAGUGCCCAAUGGAAGGAAUGGUGUAUUGUGCUUGUUAUUAAACAUUUUGUCCACCCAGA